CGCGCGCGUUCCUCCCGGCAGGAAAGGGAAGCUCCGGCGCGAGGCCGGGCUGCAAAGACGCCCAUCUCCAAAGGCAGGUUACACCGCGGGGCAAGCCGACCCCGAGAGGUGGGGACGGAGGAGGAGGAGGCGGAGGAAAGCGGCGGAAGAGGCGGAGAGGAACCCGCGGACGCCCGGGUGGAAGGACACUCACAUUUUGGGGGGUUCAGAUUUGCUGGAACCACUGAAAAAAACAUGGUUUCUGCUCCAGUAGAUGCUCAGGCCUCUUCAACGGAAAAUAAGAGCCAGAACCUAUUCAUUUAUCCAACAUACCUUAAUAUUGAAGAAAUUGAAAAGAUCAAUCAGCGAUGUAAAGAAGAAAGUUUCUGGUACAGAGCACUUCCUCUAUCUCUUGGCAGUAUGCUUAUUGCUCACGGACUAGUUACUAAAGGUGUUAUCAAGACUGGUUCCUUGAAUACAGUAGUGCUUGUUGGUGCUUUGGCAUUUUUUCUUGGGAAAAUGUCAUAUAUUAACCAAUGCACCCAGAAUUUUGGAAGUCGUCUUCUGCCACAUGGACCAAAGCGGAACAGGAUUGAGGAGAGAGCAAUGAUUGGUUCAAGAACUGGAUCCUAAUGUUAUUGAGUGGUGUUCUUCGUAUGGAAAGAGCAUUGUCAGGGAAUCCUAAAAGAAUUACCGUAAGGCAGAUUGCAUAGAUUUCCUUCUGUUCUCAUCCAUGCCCAGUAAAACUUUUCUGAAGACACAAUACGGGACAACACGGGAAACUGUUGAUGGCAGAAAGAAUCUGUGAAAACCACCUUUCCAGUAAUGGUGUUGGUGGUGGUGACGACAGUGAGGAUGCCAACCUGAAGUGCACUGAAACUAUUCCCCCUCAUGAAGAUCAUGAUCAAUCCCAAGAGGAUUGAUCCUUGGGCUUAUUUAUUUUUUUGGGUUUAGCCUGCCACAAUUAGUUGAGUCUUGGAAGGUUUUGUUGUUGUUUAUUCGUUUAGUUGCUUCCGACUCUUUGUGACUUCAUGGACCAGCCCAGCCACAGCUUCCUGUCAGUCGUCAACACCCCCAGCUCCCCCAGGGACGAGUCCUUCACCUCUAGAAUAUCAUCCAUCCACCUUGCCCUUGGUCGGCCCCUCUUCCUUUUGCCUUCCACUCUCCCUAGCGUCAGCAUCUUCUCCAGGGUGUCCUGUCUUCUCAUUAUGUGGCCAAAGUAUUUCAGUUUUGCCUUUUGAAGAAGAUUGAAGAAUCCCUCUUCAGUUUUGCCUUUUGCCUCAUGAAGAUCAUGAUCAAUCCCAAGAGAUCAUAGUUAUUUGUAUCAGACUGGAACUGUGGCCACCUAGCAAUCAUGGAAUGUGAUACUGUAUUUUUCAAGAAAUGACAAUUAGACUUUAGACUUGCUUGAGCCUGGCAGUGACUUAACUAGUCUUAACAUUUUGUGUCACAUAGAGGCCAAUGUAAUGCAUUCUGGAAAUUGAUAAACAUAGAUAGGAGGCUCUUUAGGAGGGAUGGUGGAGAAGGUAUGGAAGAUUAACUAAUGACUGUUAUCCUGACCAAGUGGCAUCAUGGCAUGGUGAGGAUGAGUUGAUGAGCUUAGUGUUAUUUUUGUUUUGUGUUUUAUUGUUUGUUUUUAACUUUAAUUAUAGUACUGAGGUCUGCUAAGCUGCUCAGAGUUAACAGAUUGAAGUGUCAUAGAAACCUGUAUAAUGAAUGAAUGACAGCUCUUAUCAGUUAUUGUUCCAUAAAGCUGCUAUUUAAGGCACACUUUUUGUAAUUCCAGAGGUAAAAUUAUGAUUUUAUAGUUCAGCGUUGAGUAUAACACUGUGGCUUUUUCAAUAAACCAUAAUUCUUUUUUUUUUUUAAUUUGCUCCUAAUGCUUUUUGGAAAAGUUCUCUCCCAGAUGAAGAAUGCAAAGCAAAUCUUCAAACAAAAAAAUCAGAUACUUCUGUUUCUUAAAACAGGUACACAUUACUACAGUUAAUAUUUUAAUCCUAUUGAUGUUACUGCACUGUUACCUUGCAAAUAGAGAAGUAUGAUGAAUAUUGGAAUAAAAUGAUUGUUCCUG